CUAAGCCGAGCCGACCUAUCCCAGGGCUAAUUCCGUGGGCUGAACCGCGCGGGAGGGGUCUAGGACAGGGGCUCUAAAUACAGGCUUUGUAAGCCCUGCGCGCGCUGAGUCCCGCUUAUUUAGGGGUACUCUAAUGAGCUAAGAAACGACCCGUACAGGAAUACAACGCUACAGAACAUCGAAUAUCGAUCUCGCGCGUUCGACAAAAGAUACACGACAAAGUCCAGUUCGAUAAUAUUCUAGAAAAUAAUCCAUCAUCUAAUAAUGAAUUUGUCAGCUUUCUAUCCGUGUACUGAAAUGAAUAGUCACCAUCAUAAAAAACGACGACCUCCUAAUACGCCGAUGCAGACAGAUAGGGUAAAAAGCUGGGUUCAUGCUGCUAUCUAUUAGUACAAUUCCUCAUUCAAGAUAUAUAUAUGCUGCUGUUUUAUUUAUAAGCCUCUGUGCCCCAUUCAUCUACCAUACUCGCCUAUCGUAUAUCACGAAGCCCACUACGCUGGUCGCAAGUAUCAUGUCCGAUCCUCCGCACACGGGUGUUCCUUCACGGAAGCCCGUAUACUUCCUGAGCAUCGGCGGCCCUAACUUCAUGGAAAAUGUAGAUCACCCAGCAUACGCCAAACUAGCCGAAGUUGGACAGGAGAUUACGACAAAAGUCAAACCCAAGGCAGUUGUUGUCUUUUCGGCCCACUGGCAAGGUGACCGAGACAGGGUUCUCGUCAACGUAGCUGAGCAGACCGAUCUGAUUUAUGACUUCUACGGAUUUCCUCCGCAUUAUUAUGAAUACGAAUAUCCGAAUAAAGGAAGCCCUGAAAUCGCGGAGAAGGUUAUCGAAAAGCUUUCUGCUGCUAAUAUUGAGGUCGGAAGAGUUGAAAGGGGUCUUGACCAUGGUGUCUGGGUGGGGUUUAUAGCUGCGUUCAAUCCGAAGACAAACCCGCUGAACGUACCAAUUGUCCAAGUUUCGCUCUACGGUAACGAAGAUCCAGAUAAACAUUAUCGCCUGGGAAAGGCGCUCGAGGGUCUAAGAGAUGACGGUAUUCUCAUUAUCGGCGCGGGGAUGGCAGUUCACAAUCUUCAAGAUUUUCGGGCUAUAAGAGGUAGUGGGAAGACCAUGCCUUAUGCUUCUAGCUUCGAUGAGUCGCUAAAAGAAGCUGUUACCGCAGCUCCAGAAGAAAGACAGGCCAGGAUGUCAGUUCUCUUGAAGAGCAUUGAGGCGAGAAAAGCACAUCCGACGUUCGAGCAUAUUCUUCCGAUGUAUGUUGUCGCGGGUGCAGCAGGGUCGGAUUUAGGAGAACGUUUGUGGACGUUUGCUGAGGGAAGCUUGAAUUGGGCGCAGUAUCGGUUUGGUGGGGUUACGGAGUGGUAGUCCCUGGAGCUUUUUAGUGAUGCUAGGCGGCCCCUAAACACAGGACCCAUUAGGGAUGCCAAGCCCUGGACCCAGCGUACAGGUCAUAUUAGGGGUAUCACUCUGCUAUAAUUAUAGGG